UGGAACUUGAGAGUGUGCAGGGCCCGAGCCCAUGCCGAGCCUGGGGAGGUGUUGGCUUGGGUGCGCGGGUGCACUCCGUAGCGUGCAUCAACGUGUAUAGGCGCGCAUAGCAUCAUUAAUACAAAAUAGCGUCAUCCAGUAUUUUUCUAAACAAAUGAGCGAUGCAACCGGUAGAAAUGCUUCGUCUGCCGCAGCUGUUAAACGAGCUGCCCGAGCAGAGGCUCAGCGCCGCCGCCGUCAGAAUCCUGAGGUGCGCGCCGCCGAAGCAGAAGCAAAGCGCCGUCGCCGAGCUGCUAUGCGAGCCGCCGAAGCAGAAGCUUAUCGCCGCCGCAGUCAAGAGGACCCUGCAUUCCGAGCCGCCAAAGCAGAAGCUCAACGCCGCCGACGUCAGAAUCCAGAGGUGCGCGCCGCCGAAGCAGAAGCUAAGCGCCGUCGCCGAGAUGACCCGGAAGUGCGCGCCGCCGAAGCAGAAGCUUAUCGCCGCCGCCGCCAAGAGAACCCUGCAGUUCGCGUCGCGAAAACAGAGGCUCAGCGCCGCCGACGUCAGAAUCCAAAGGUGCGUGCUGCUGAAGCUGAAGCCAGACGCAAAACAAGGCUGGCAAAGCGGCAGGGUGCAACAAAAACGUUCAAGCGGCGGUUUAGAGGCAAUCGGUUUAUGACGGGGUGUUCAGCGUGUGGUGGGCUCUGGCUUCGAAAUGACCUGAAACCGCUACCGGAUAGUUGCCUUGAGACGCUCCAGCAGGCAUUUCCCAACUUGGACCUGUGCCAAUUCAGGCUAUGUUCGACGUGCAUGCAAUCAGUGCGGAAGGGUGACAUUCCUUCAUCUUCCCACAACCAACGGUUACAAAUAUCCCCCAAAGCUAACGCACCACCCGCAACGCAAUGCGAGGCCAGUCCAGGAGAAUUGGGGCGAAAGGACAAGAGCGAACAGCGACAGUCCCUGGGGCAAUGGGUUGUCACCGAGGACUGCUCAUGGCGAAAGACUCAGGCAACACAGUGCAAAUCCUAUGUUGAUCAAGUGCGUACAUUGGGCAGUCAGGCAGAGACUGGACAUGUGAUGGCGGAAACAAGCGCCCAAACUGCCAUGGUCUUCCCAUGUACCAUCCCUGCGCAGACAAGGCCAACGCAUCUGCAGCAGAAGAAGCUGCUGGCUACAGUCUCGACCAAUCCUAAGAUGCCACUACCCAGACUGAAACCUGGUGGCAUGCCAGGAAACCUCUUAGCUACGGCAGCUGCACCUGUGAUGAAAAAACAGACUGCUGAGUUGCCAAAUUUUAAGGCUAUAGUUUGCCUUUCCAACUCCAAGUCACCCCAGGGGGAACCCAUGUGUGCCAUUGGUGGUGGAAACUUGCACCCUUCCAUACUUCCGAUUGUACCUCCGAUCAUGUCUGCCACACCUUGCAACUUCAAGACAAAAUUGUCCCAAUCUGAACUGCUUUCUUUAUCGACGGAUGCAAGCUCUCGACUUCACAACCUGCCAAGUGGACCGGCGAUUGUAUUCAGCUCCCCCAACCACACUGGGACAGGCAUUGCACGCCAGACUAAACUGCUGUGUUCACCAAGUGGUGCGAGUUCCCGUGAUAUCCAGCUUUCUAGUGCGCCUGUCGCUCUACCGAACACUCCUCUCAGCUCCGAGAUAUCCCAACCCCUAGUGUUGUGUUUCUCGCAGGACUCAAGCUCAAGUAACGCCCAUCAGCCUCUGAGUGAACCCAAAGUGGUGCAAGCCACUCUCCACCAUGCCGAGACGCAGUUAUCCCAGUCCAGACUGUUGUGUUUGUCAAGCAACUCCCUGCUUCCAAACAUGCCCACACUUCCCCUCACAACCCUGUGCCGAGCUGAGGCACCGCAUCUUGCCACAGCAGAAAACUGUGUUACUUUAAUAACUGUGCCAGUGAUGCAAGUAUGUACUACUGAGAGUCCAAGCUUCGCAUGUUCCCAGGACAGCCCAAGAUGCUCUAUACGCAACUCUCAUUGGCUGAAUAAACCACCUUGGGUAGUACGGAUAAUCAAAAAGGCCCAAGAAGAAGCACUCAGCGUUUGUUUUUGUGAGAAUGCUCAUACGAGCCUCAACGACCAUCUUGAACCACACUCGUCAUCAGCAGACACCCAGCUGGAGCAAGAAAGGCACAGAAAGGCAACACUGUGCAAUUCGUGUGUUGAUCAAGUGCGUACAUUGGGCAGUCAGACAGAGACUGGGCAUGUGAUGGUGGAAACGAGCACCCAAACUGCCAUGGUCCUCCCACGUACCAUCCCUGUGCAGACAAGACCAACGAAAUUAAGGAGCCAAGGUACAAACACGGUCCCUGAAUGACAAGCUAAAAGAGAAAUAAUUGUCCACUUGGUGCUGAAAUGACAAGGAUGUCGAAGAGGCUCGACUGGAGGGAAGCAAGCCACCAUCAAGCUAGAAGCUGCUGUGGUACACUAAGGAACACCUUGCCUAACGUCAACCGCGUGGGAGCAGCUGUUUGCUAGUGAUACCAAACACUGCCAUCAUGAAGACAGUGCAUGAAGAGUGCAUGUGAGCAAGCUUCAGCGGUACAUUAUUCUAAACAGUGUUCGAUGAGUACUGUAAUGACAUGUUCGACUUGUCACUUUCUUGUUUGUUGACUGAACGUGCAAACCCUCCAAAUAUUUAUAAAAAAUGUUACCAUCAA